AUCACUUCCUCGGCGCCCGCCCGCCCGGCCCGCCGCGUCCCGGCCCGGCCCGCCCAGCCCAGCUAUGGCCGGGCCCGCCCCGCCCGCCGACGAGCUGCCCGGCCCGGCCCGGCGCCUCUACUCCAGGAUGGAGGCCUCCUGUCUGGAGCUGGCGCUGGAGGGGGAGCGACUUUGCAAAGCCGGCGACUUCAAGGCGGGGGUGGCAUUCUUCGAGGCGGCCGUGCAAGUGGGCACCGAGGACCUGAAGACGCUGAGUGCCAUCUACAGCCAGCUAGGCAAUGCCUACUUCUACCUGAAGGAGUUUGGCCGCGCGCUGGAGUACCACGGGCACGACCUGCUGCUGGCGCGGACCAUCGGGGACCGCAUGGGGGAGGCCAAGGCCAGCGGGAACCUGGGCAACACCCUCAAGGUGCUGGGGCGCUUCGAGGAGGCGGUGGCGUGCUGCCAGCGGCACUUGGACAUCGCGCAGGAGCAGGGGGAUAAGGUUGGGGAGGCUCGGGCCCUCUACAACCUGGGCAACGUGCACCACGCCAAGGGCAAGCAGCUAGCCUGGAGCAGCGCGCAGGAUCCCGGCCACCUGCCGCCACAUGGCCGCGACACCCUGCGCAGGGCUUCGGAGUUCUACGAGAGGAACCUGGCCCUGGUAAAGGAGCUGGGUGACCGAGCUGCGCAGGGCAGGGCUUAUGGCAACCUGGGCAACACCCACUACCUGCUGGGCAGCUUCCUGGAGGCUGCAGCCUACCACAAGGAGCGCCUGGCCAUCGCUAAGGAGUUUGGUGACAAGGCAGCAGAACGGAGAGCUUACAGCAACCUGGGCAAUGCACACGUCUUCCUGGGGCGCUUCGAUGUGGCCGCGGAGUACUACAAGAAGACGCUGCAGCUGGCACGGCAGCUGCAGGACCCGGCGGUGGAGGCACAGGCGUGCUACAGCCUGGGCAACACCUACACACUGCUGCAGGACCACGAGCGUGCGGCUGAGUACCACCUGCGCCACCUACUCAUUGCACAGGAGCUGGCCGACAGAGUGGGCGAGGGCCGGGCGUGCUGGAGCCUGGGGAACGCCUAUGUGUCCAUGGGAAGCCCAGCCCAGGCCCUGACCUUCGCCAAGAAGCACCUGGAAAUCUCCCAGGAGAUCGGGGACCGAGGCGGGGAGCUCACAGCUCGCAUGAACGUGGCCCAGCUGCAGCUGGUGCUGGGCCGGCUCAGCCCGGCGGCCACCGAGAAGCCCGACCUGGCCGGCUACGAGGCCCAAGGUGCCAGACCCAAGCGGACACAGCGGCUGAGUGCAGAAGCCUGGGACCUGCUGAGGCUGCCCCUGGAGCGGGAGCAGAACGGGGACAGCCUUCAGCACGCUGGGGACUGGCGGGGGACUGGCCGGGACGCGCUGCCCCUGCCCCUGAGGAGCCACAAGUACCAGGAGGGCCCGGCCGCCGAGAGGAGGCCCCGCGAGGGCAGCCACUCCCCACUGGACAGCGCAGACGUCCGGGUGCAGCUGCCCCGCACGAGCAUCCCCCGGGCACCAUCCUCAGACGAGGAGUGUUUCUUUGAUCUGCUGAGCAAGUUCCAGAGCAGCCGCAUGGACGACCAGCGCUGCCCGCUGGAGGACGGGCAGCCGGGUGCUGCGGAGGCCACGGCAGCCCCGGUGCUGGAGGAGCGGAUGGCCCAGCCCUCCCUGACCGCCUCACCCCAGACGGAAGAGCUCUUCGACCUCAUCGCCAGCUCCCAGAGCCGCCGGCUGGACGACCAGCGGGCCAGUGUGGGCAGCCUGCCGGGCCUGCGCAUCACCCACAACAACCUGGGCCACCUGCGCGGCGACGGGGACCCCCAGGAACCAGGGGAUGAAUUCUUCAACAUGCUCAUCAAGUGUCAGUCCUCCAGGAUCGACGACCAGCGCUGCCUCCCGCCCGCCGUGCUGCCGCGCGGCCCCACCAUGCCCGACGAGGACUUCUUCAGCUUGAUCCAGCGGGUGCAGGCCAAGCGGAUGGACGAGCAGCGAGUGGGCCUCGCCGGCAGCCCGGAGCAGGAGGCGGGCGGGCCUGAGCCCCGCGAGCAGUGCCGGCCGGGCGCCAGCUAGGGCCGCCGGGCCGCCCCCGCUCUGGCCGUGG